AUGCGCAGGGAGGGGUCGGAGUGGGAUUGUGCCUGGAGUGUGGGAGGGCACCUUGCAUCCCGGGAGAAACGCGCCCGCCCCCCUCCCCUUCUCCCACCGCCGCUGCGUGGCCCCAGCGCGCCCCCCGGUGGCCACCAAGGACAUGGACGAUCGGAAUCCCUACCUCUCCCCUCCCUGGCUACCUGUCAGUGCUUCCUCGCAACAGAACUAAAAACCUUGCUGGAUUCUGUUACAGAAAAGCAUCCUGAAGAAGAGAAUGAAGUCGAUGCCUUUCUCCUUUCAGCGUCCAAGAUCCUAAAUUCCUCCGAGGGGGUACAGGAAAGUGGUGGCAGCGAAGCAGAAUAUGGUUCUGUAUCAGAAUCAGAAAAUCAAAUCCAACCACAAUCAGCUCUGAAAGUCCUUCAACAUCAACUGGAAUCAUUCCAGGCUUUGCGAAUGCAGACUCUACAAAAUGUUACCAUGGUGCAGUCUGAAAUCAGUGAGAUAUUGAACAAGAGCAUUAUUGAAGUAGAAAGCCCACAGUUCAGCUCAGAAAAAGCUCUCGUAUUCAGCCCCUUCACUGAAAAGGAUUUGCCUCUAGAGAAGCAAGAAAAUACCCUUUCUAUGGAAAAAAAUCAUCAUUUUGAGGAUCCCAAAGCUUUUCAUUCAAGGGAAGAAAAAUUUAAUAGUAAUAUUGUUAAUGGUCUCUCUCAACAUGUAACUACUCCAUGCCAGACACAUUUCAAGGACACAUUAACACCGGAGAACUUGACGAGGUCAACAGAUAAUUCAGCUUCAAGUACAACUAUGGGUUCUUCAGAAAAUUCUGAUAUAGUGAGGAACUGCAAUAAGGUAUACAGUUUUCUACCUAUAGGACCUCAAAAUAUGUCAUCAUCUGGCACAGACCUUCUUGAAAAAUCUAAAGUUGCUGAACAAUUUCUGAAGCAUGGAUUCUGUGAGAAUUUAGAGGAUAUUUGCUUCUCCAUUAAACACAUGAAGGAAAAGCUUCAGAAGUCACAGGAGAGGGAACUGGCACUAACAAGUGAACUUCAAAACUUAAAAACAGACACAAAUACAUACAGUAAUGGCAAAUUCAACCUAUGCCCCAUUCAGAAGGAGCAAAUGAACUUUGUUAAGGAAGAAAACAUAGGUGCUAACAUAAAUGAUGAUCUAAAAUCAAAAAGAAUUUCAGAAUUAGAGGCAUUAAUCAAUAAAUUACUCCCACUCAAGGACACGGUGGCAAAAUUCCACGUGAGUUUUUGCAGGAAAUGUAGAAAGCUAUCUAAGAGUGAAAUGCACUGGGGAAGAAGGAAUGAGAGAAACAGUAAAGACAUUCCUCUCACCAGCAAGAAUAUCACAGACUUAAAAUUCCACUCGAGAGUUCCAAAACACACGCUGUCAUGCCUUGACCAAAGAAAACACGAAGUGAAAGAGGCAGAGAGGCAGCCAUUUGUAGUAAACCCAGGAUCCAUGCUAUUGGAAGAUGAGAAGAACUCCAGUGUCAAUUCUGUUGCUGACUGUGUUGCCAAAAUUCAAUACUUACAGCAUUACCUAAAAGACUCCAUGCAUGUACAGAGAAAAGUUGCAGAACUGGAGAGUGAAAAUCGAACCCUUAAGGCCAAAAUGAAACCUCUUAUCUAUACCACACAAUCAAUGAUCCAAAAGAUGGAAAUGUAUGAAAAGCAACUCACCAGUCUGGUUGAGGAAAAGAGUGUCAUUCACUCCAAGUUACUUAAAGAAGAAGAAGAGAGCCAAGAAUGCCUGAAAGAAUUUAAGAAACUAAUUAGUAAGUAUAAUGUUCUCCAAAGCCAAAAUAAAAUUCUAGAGGAAAGAAACAGUCAACUCUCUUUGGAGAAGCAGCAAAUGUCCGAAGCAUUGGAACAACUCAAAAGUAAAGAUCACAAAACUCAGAAUGACAUGGUCCUUAUCCAUAAUGAAAACAAUCGAAUGAGCAUAGAAAUGGAAGCAAUGAAAAGCAACAUCCUAUUGGUACAAGAUGAAAAGGAUGAGUUGGAGAAAAAUGCCUACCAUCUACUGAAGGAUAAAAACCUGCUGGAAAACCAACUGAAAGAAAACCAGCUAGAGAUGCUGCAGUUAAAGGAGAAAGAAAAACUUGCCCAAACGGAGCAAGAAGCACUUCUUCAAAUUCUAGAAUCAUUGAAGCAUGAAAAGCUGAAUCUCGAAACAGCCCUAGAAGAUUCCACUGCCGCUAGGCAAAGGAUGGAACAAGAAAUGGAGAACGUCCAAAGCUACCAGUCCACGGCCGAAGAGAAUUUCCUGAAAGAAAUAAAAAAUGCAAAAGCAGAAGCAAGUAUUUACAAAAACAGCUUGUCAGAAAUGCGCGAGGAAUGUGAAAUGUUAUCCAAAAUGGUGAGGGAAAUUAAGACGGACAAUCAAAUUCUGAAAGGAGAACUAAAGAAGCACACUCAAGAAAACACCAAGUUUGAAAAGAGCAUCAGCCGACUGACUGAAGACAAAGUAUUUUUAGAAAACUAUGUAAGAAGCAUAGAAAAUGAAAGGGACACCUUGGAAUUUGAGAUGCGGAAUCUGCAGCGAGACUACUUGAAUUUGAGCGGUAAAAUGUGUAAUCAGCAUAAUGACCGACCAAAAAUUACUUAUGCUUCCAGAAGAGAGAAAUUCCAUUUUGACAACUAUGAAGACACUACUAGAUCCAGGAACAGACCUUUAGCCCCAGAUUUAAAAGGAAUUCCAAAUAAGCUAUAUCAAUUGGUUCCAUCCAAGACAAUGUAA